GUAGUACUCCACCACGGGCUGUUCUGUUUCCCCGGUGUGGCUGUGCUGUUUCCACCUUGCCAAGGGGCUGGAUUUCUUUGUGCAAACACGUCUUCGGCCCCCCCGCCGGCCAUUCGUGGGGUGUCCACCCAGAAAUGCAACUGCCGGCUCUCCGGCCACCUGGGCUGUAUAGUGCGGGGCUCCCCGGAUCUGAAACCCGCCCUUUCGCCUCUGCCUUCCCCGAGGUUCUCUUCGCCGCCUGUGACCUGGGGGUGUUUGACCUUCUGGCUCAGGCCCCUGAGCCCCUGACCGCCGCCGCGGUGGCCGCCGGGUUGGGCACCAGCUGCAGCGGGACCGGGUUACUGCUGGACGCUUGCGUGACGCUGCGGCUGCUGGCGGUGGAGACGCGGGCCGGGCAGGCCGUCUACGCCAACACGGCGCUGUCGAGCACCUACCUGGUCAGGGCCAGCCCCACCAGCCAGCUGGACAUGCUGCGGUACCUGGGCGGCACCACCUACGUGUGCUGGGCGCACCUGGCGGACGCCGUGAGGUGGGCUGGGGCCGGGGGCACGCGGGGGCACCCGAGGACCGCAAACACCAGGUCCGAGGACGAGCGGCUGCGCUUCAUGCGGGGGCUGCAGGACGUGUGGCGUGUCCACGGGAGACGGCUGAUGGCCACCUUCGACCUGUCCCCGUUCCCGCUCAUCUGCGACGUCGGUGGCGACUUCUUCAAAGACCCCCUGCCGGAAGCUGACCUGUACAUCCUGGCCCGUGUCCUGCACGACUGGGCGGACGAGGCGUGCUUGCGGCUGCUGGCCAGAGUCCAUCAAGCCUGCCGGCCAGGCGGAGGCGUCCUGGUCAUCGAGAGCCUGCUGGACGCGGACGGGCGAGGUCCACUGCGCACGCAGCUCUACUCGCUCAACAUGCUGGUGCAGACCGAGGGCCGCGAGCGGACGCGCGUCCAGUACUGCGCGCUGCUGGCCGCCGCGGGAUUCCGGCACGUGCAGGGCGGCGCCGCGCGGAGCUCGUACGACGCCAUCUUGGCCAGGAAAUGA